GAGCUUGGACGCCUGCUUCCCGGUCAUAUCUCCCUGGCCAGCCCUGCGCUUCCGACCCGGUCUUCAGGGCUUUCGUUUUCCGGGUUACUCCCUCCUCCGUUCGGACUCCAUUGCAGACGCCUCUUUGUCUUCCCGCCAACUCCGGAACCGCGCUUUCUGGAGCCUAGAUGCCACCGGGCCGAGGACCUGUUGGUGGGGUCCGCCUCUUAACCGCCCUCGCCCGGACCUGACGGAAAAUGCGCCUACGGGGAGGGGGUGUUUCUCUGCAGGUGGCGGAGCUGUGGUCUGCGUCUCCUUCCUCACCCCCGCCGCGGCGAAAGCCGGCUGCAGUGGUUACCUCAAAGAGUUCAAGUCAGAAACUGCGGUAGAUCGGGGAGAGCUUUGCGUUGCAAAUCACUGGAUUCUACUCCAGUGUUUCCAGUGUUGUAAAUACUGUAGAAUGUUUACAUUGGGAAGUGAAAAUCAUUGAUUAUGGCCCACUAUUCCAAAGAAGAGCUAGAUGAAGAGUUUGAACAGUUUAUGAAAGAGCUCUCGGAUGAUUCUUUUGAAAAUUCAAACAAAACACCUAGACAACCUAAGAAGGAAAUGAAGAAAGAUACAGUGCCUUGGUGGUUAACUGAAGAUGAUUAUGAAGACAGUGGACUGCUUGAAACAAAUGUGAGCUAUUUGAAAACAAAGAAGAUGUCUCAGCCUGUUCUGGAGACAGAUGAGGAAUCUGCUGAAAAGAUUCAGUUUCUUAAGAGCAGUGGAACCUCUGUCUUAAGUGCUGACAGCUUAGAAGCAAAUGAACUAGUAGUUUCUGAACUCAAUCAUAGUAUUCUUGGAUUGGGAUUGGACACAUUAGAGGAACAGGAAGAAAAAGAGCAGUUUUUUGCCAGGCUUGAGAAAGGCUUGACGUCUUCCAUUGAUUAUUCAAGAUUAAAUAAAGAACUGGAUUCUAAUGACUCUACACGUUUAAAAGUUUUACACAGUAAUCAAGCCAAUGUAGAACUAACUGAAGACGAACAUGAGAAUGAAUCAAAAUGUGAAGAACUGGCAGAAAAUUACAGUGAUGAUUUUGAUGAUGCUGAGGAUAUUGAUGCAGCUUUGACUACCAAAGAUGAAGAGAUUCAUUCUGAAGAAAAUCCCAAAUCAGAAAAAAUAUAUGUACCCAAACAGGAAGAAGAGAAAACCGGUAUGCUGGCUAAUGUUGUACUUCUUGAUUCAUUAGACUCUGUUGAAGACGUCAACCUGGAUGAACAGGAUAAAGCAGCAGCUAAGUCAAAAACCCUACAGGGAAUGAUUGAUAAAGAAAUGACAGAAACGGCAGGUAUUUCUUACGGACAAAGCAAUAGUGACAUUGAAGCCUUGCGUCAGGCUUACUCUCACAUAGCCCAUUCAUUGGGGGAUGCAGAUGAGCAAAAAACUGGAUGUAACACAGUGGGAAAUAUCAAGGGCUCAGUGAAAGAUCAUUCUCAAGAAAAUGAAGAGUCUUCAAAAAACAUUUCUACUACUGAAUCUGAUCUGCCCACAGUAGAGGAGCUAAUGAAACCUAUCAGAAUAGAUUCUUUUGGGGUCAGUGGUUUUGAUUUACAACCAAUCAGCUCUAAGAAAAUGGCUGAUGAUAAGGAAACUGAAUGUAUUAGCCAUUUACCCCUACAGAUGAACUCAAAUGUGAUGUCUGAAGACUUAUACCAUGUGAACCAAUCUUUGGACAAAAAUGAUGAGAAUGUGAUUUUACAAAGGACAGCAAGUGAGGGUAUGGAAUGUAGCUAUCCACCAGUAACUGCUUCAGAGGAACAUAUUGAUAAAAUGUACCUUGAUAUUUUGAGGAAAAAAUUAUCAGUUAAUGAAUUAUUAUUACCUCAAGAUGACAAAAUUAAUAAAACUUUUCGAUCUCAGCUGAGUUCUGGAGAAGAAGGGGCUGUAAUUGGUAAACAAGUACUGUACAAAAAGGCUAGAAGUGCACCUCCUUUGCUUAAAAAAAAACCUCAGAGUGGAUUAUAUGCAUCAGUUAGGAGCUCAGGCUAUGGCAAACCCAGUUCCCCACUCAAGAUGUUUUCUACUCUUGAAAAGAAAUCUUCAAAGGACAUUGUGAAAACCAAAAACUUGAGACCCAUUCCUGCCUCAAAUCAAGCUAGGAAAAAAGAAAUCUUAACUGGAACAAGAGUUAUCAAGCCUGCUGCUGUGGGUAAACCAGCUCCCAGAACUGAAAGUUGCCUGGCUGCCCCUGAGAAGUGUGAAGAGCCUACAGAAACAGAAUUGUGUGCUCAGACUCAUUCUUUAGGACAUGGUGGUGGAAACAAGGAGAAGGAAUUACUUAUGUUUAAAAGAGUUCAGGAAGCAGAGGACAAAUGGAGGGGUGCACAAGCCAUAAUUGAACAAAUUAAAAUCACAUUCUCAGAAAAAGAGAAAGAGCUAGAAAAUAAACUGGAAGAACUAAAGAGACAACAGGAAAAAGAACUCUUCAAAUUAAAUCAAGACAAUUACAUUCUUCAAGCUAAGUUAAGUAGCUUUGAAGAAACAAGCAAAAAACAAAGGUGGUUACAUUUUGGAGAACCAACAGAUCCUGUCACUGGAGAAAAACUGAAGCAAAUCCAAAAAGAAAUACAAGAACAAGAGACACUUCUUCAAGGAUACCAACAGGAAAAUGAAAGAUUAUAUAAUCAAGUGAAAGAUCUCCAAGAACAAAAUAAGAAAAAUGAAGAGCGAAUGUUUAAGGAAAACCAGAGUUUACUCAGUGAGUUAGCAUCCCUAAAAGAACAGAUGCACAAAAGUCGUUUCCUAUCUCAAGUAGUUGAAGACUCAGAGCCCACAAGAAAUCAGAACUUUACAGAUCUGUUAGGAGAACUACGGAUGACACAGAAAGAAAAAAACAGUUUACUUGAGGACAUCAAAAGAUUGAAGCAAGACAAACAAGCUCUUGAAGUAGACUUGGAAAAAAUGAAGAAAGAAAGGGACCAAGCCAAAGAUCAGAUUGCUUAUGCCACCGGUGAAAAAUUAUAUGAAAUAAAAAUUUUAGAAGAAACACAUAAACAAGAAAUUAGUCGCCUGCAAAAAAGAUUACAGUGGUAUGCUGAAAAUCAGGAACUUCUGGACAGAGAUGCAGUUCGGCUUAAAGAAGCAAAUGAAGAAAUUGAGAAGCUCAAACUUGAGAUUGAGAAACUGAAAGCUGAAUCUGGGAAUCCAUCUAUCCAGCAGAAGAUGCGCUUAAAAGAUAGAGCAGUUGAUGCCAAAAAAAUUCAGGAUUUGGAGAGACAAGUAAAGGAAAUGGAAGGAAUUCUAAAGAGAAGAUACCCCAAUUCUUUACCUGCUUUAAUACUGGCUGCAUCAGCAGCUGGUGAUACAGGGGAUAAAAAUACAGUGGAAUUCAUGGAAAAAAGGAUUAAAAAGCUGGAAGCUGAUCUAGAGGGCAAAGAUGAAGAAGCAAAGAAAAGCCUUCGUACCAUGGAACAGCAGUUUCAGAAAAUGAAGAUUCAGUAUGAACAGAGACUCGAGGAGCAGGAGCAGCUACUUGCCCGCAAAUUGAAGGAAGCGCCCCAGAAUCAACGUGACAACCUCUCCAGGGUGAAAGCAUUAGAGAAGGAGCUUGAUGACAUUAAGGAAGCCCAUCAAAUUACUGUUAGAAACCUGGAAGCUGAAAUAGUGGUUCUGAAGCAACGCAGUGCUGAACUAGAACUCAAGAAAAAUGGUAAGGAUGAUAUAGAAUUCCAGGUGGAGCAGGCUCAUGCCAAAGCAAAACUGGUGAGACUCAAUGAAGAAUUAGCUGCAAAGGGGAGAGAAAUACAAGACCUUUCAAAAACUGUGGAGAGACUUCAGAAGGAGAGAAGAACGAUGCUGUCUAAUCAGAACUCUAAGGGCAGAGAGGAGAUGUCUGCUAAAAGGAUGAAGAAAGAUGUUUCACACCCAAGUAAAGGAAAUGUGCACUCCCUCCCUGGCGCCCUGGACAGCAAACUUUACCUACCACACACUUUUACUGAUUCCCGCGUCUCAGAGGUUUUGCAAGAAAACUGCAGAUUGAAAACUGAGCUAGAGGGAUUGAUUUUAGAACGAAAUGAGCUGAAGAUGAAGUCUGAAGCAGCAGUGAACGAAUUUGAAAAUUCUAUGAAAAGGAUGCAGGAAGAUACUGCAGCACACAUUGCCUCCCUCAAAGCCUCUCAUCAAAGGGAAGUAGAGAAACUCCUUUGCCAAAAUGCAAUAGAAAAUUCUUCUUCCAAAGUAGCUGAACUAAAUCGUAAAAUAGCAACUCAAGAGGUGCUUAUAAAACAUUUCCAAAGUCAAGUUAAUGAGCUGCAGGAUAAACAGGAGUCUCUUGCAGUUUCCCAAGUUCGAGAAGAAAUCCUACAGAAAGAGAUUACCAAACUCUUAGAAGAAUUGAGAGAAGCCAAAGAAAACCAUACACCGGAGAUGAAACAUUUCAUGGGCUUGGAAAAGAAAAUUAAACAAAUGGAAAUGAGACAUAAGCAAAGAGAACACGAGCUUCAGCAGAUAAUACAGCAGACACAGCAAGUAGUAGAAACUGAGCAAAACAAAGAGGUAGAGAAAUGGAAAAGACUGGCACAGAUAAAGAACCGUGAGCUGGACAAGUUCCGCACAGAAUUAGACUCCAUGUUGGAUGUUCUCCGUGAGCUGCACCGGCAGGGGGUGGUGGUGCCAGUCGCUCUUUCGGAUGAAGUGAAUGCACCAGAGUAUUACUAGAAAGUCACACUUGCGUGACCUCAUUGAAAGGCACGAACUGUCACGGCGGCUUUUGAACACCGGUGUUCCAGCGUGAUGCCAGAAGCAAACACUAGAGCAGCAUGGCAAAAUAAAUUACCCCUAACUAACACAGAAAAAAAAUCCUGAUGUGUUGACUAGCCAGAUACAUUUUGAAUGAUCUACAAGCAGGUUCCUUUAUAAUCAGAUGACCAUGAAUCUGACGUAACAAGAUUUGUGAAAAGUGUAGCAUAUGUAAGAAAUGGAAAGGGAAAAUUGUGCAUACACUGGCAAUUAUUGCCCAACUGUGUACUGAGUUUUUUGUAACAGAAAACCAGCUUCUCUUUCCCAUGAGGAUAGGUGAGAAUGUGAGCACAGCUGCGUGGACAGUCUUGUGAACCUGGGUGAUAGUUUCCUCAGUAAUUCAGAAGACAGGUGCAGCUCUGUGCACGGAGAUGGUGAAUUCUGGUCCUCCCAGUUUUCCACUCCUUCCUCUAGGCGGGUUGGUUGGUUUGUUUUUGUGCACUGGUAUAAAGGUGAAAAAUACAUUUCACAAUAUGGAAAUACAGUUUUAUCAUACUGUUUUAAUCUUUUAAGCUAUGUCUCUUUAAUUCCAAUACUGCUUUUUAGUAUAUAAUGAUUUUACUUUGUCUAUUUAAAAUGUAAUAUAUUCCCAUUAGAAAAAAAAAUCAAAUAUGCAUAAAAGUAGCCAAACCACUGUUUUAAAAUUCCCAUUUCCAAAAGCAGAUGUCAAGUGUAUAAGAUAAUGGUUAAGUCAGAGUUAUAGUGACUCUUCUCCAAAUGUUCUAUUACACUAUGUACUAAAAUGUAAUGUAAGCCAUAUGUAGUGUUUAACUUUCUAUUAGCCACAUUUAAAAAGAUGUGAAUAUAAAAUUAGAGUUUUGGCAUUUGACAUAUUAAGUCUUUAAAAUGUAUUUUACAGAGAUAGUAGCACAUCUCAGUUGAAAUAGUCACAUUCUAAGUGCUCAGUUACCACAUACCAAUAAGUGCCAUUCUAGGACAAUAAUUACAAAGUAGAAUACCUUACAAAGGACAAGUGCACUAGAUCUUUGUGAAAUUAUGGGCAGCAAUGUGAGAUGUGAAAGUUACUAAAUGUAAGGAAUGCAAUUACUGUCUUAUUGUCCAUAUUUUUUAAUGUACCUUUCCUAACAGGGUAGUAAAAUGCUAUAGUUUAUAUUUUUUUAUGUGGAAUAAUUUUAAGUUAUAAAUAAUUUAUUUUGGUUA